AGUGUAACUCAUACACGCAGUUCACUCAAACGGCGCUAUAAGUAAAACGUAACAUACAGAUCGCGACCACUAAGAAUACGGCUGUUUCAUCAUCAUGAUAAUGUAUUGACAAGAACAAUGUUCGCUUCUCGCUGUAUUUAAACUCUCAUUGUCCUUGGUGGUGUGAUAACGAGUGUUGUGUUGGGGUGGCUAGUCGGGGUACUGACCAGACAGUAACACACGCGAACAUUACGGUCAGUAACCAAGCUCGGAAUACACGACAAAUCAACUAAUUGUGGACGGAUUAUAAAGGGAAAUGAUGUCACCAGGUAGGACUAUGGAGAGUCUCGGAGCGACCAUUCUGUUGUUGUUUAUGAUUAUCACCCACGUUUUUGGUGUAUGUGACAUAGUGAACAGACGGGUAGAAACCGAACAGAUCGCCACACAGGAUGUACAGUAUCUCUAUUCUCCGGGCUGGAGAGUUUCUUAUUACUCAAAUAUGGAUUGCAAAUGGCUAAUAAAUGGUUCCGACACUGACACGGCGUUCCGCGUCCUUGUUGACGUCACCUACCUAAGUAUGGAGAAUAGUCCCGGAUGUUCUUACGAUGGGUUGACAGUAUAUGAUGGAUCAUCCACCAGCGCCAGCAUGAUGGGAAGAAUAUGUAACCGUAUGCCGACAGGACGUAUGUUCUUAAUGAGUGGACAGUUCGCAUUACUCAGGCUCAAAUCCGACUCCAGUGUACAGGCCACGGGCUUCUCCCUUCGUUAUCUAAAGUACAAGCCUACCACGCCAUCUACCGCGUGUACUAGCACCGUAUCCUUGACAGCCAGUGCAACUCUGGAUUAUCUUACGUCACCGGACUUUCCCAGUCAACAGGAUGGAUUUUCAACCUGUACCUGGUUGUUAAGUGCGAGUAGCGGAUCCAGUACGCUAAUUAUCACAAUAGUUUUUCUGGACAUCGGGGGAGAGGAGACGCUCUCUAUUUACGACGGUUCCGACAAUACUGCGAAUCAAUUGAUCAGUCUCAGCACAGACCGGACAGCCUUCACAGACGGGUCAGUAGUGUCCACCACCGGGGACAAGGCCUACAUCCAGUUUAACACUGCUGUCAUGGAUACUGCUCGGUUAGGGUUCAUCGUAUCAUACAACGAAUCGGCGUCCACGGCGACAACAGCCGCCGCAACAUCUGCUGCUCCCGUCGCAGCCACUACAACAUACACAGCCCCCUCCGCCUGUGACUCCGGAACCACCACUGUAACCGCCACUUCCGGGUCCUCCGGGUAUAUCACCACACCGGGCUAUCCAGAGUUUUAUGGACAUAACCUGGCCUGUAAUUGGGUGGUACAAGCGUCAACUGGAGAACAAAUCUCCCUGACCGCAGUUGAUUCGGCAAUAGAGGACAGUGAAGGCUGUAGUGGAGACCGUGUAACUCUCUACGACGGCCCGACUACGAGUUAUCCGUUACUAGCGAGUUUCUGCGGGACUAAUUUCCAGAGCGUGAACAGUACUGGAACUAGUAUUCUAAUAGUCUUCACUUCCGAUGGAUCCUCAUCAGACAGAGGCUUCAAGUUCCAGUACACUGUUACUGCUCACGAUACCCCGUCAUGUGUAGACAGUGGAAAAAAUAUCACACACUUAAAUGCCACGUCCAGCGUUCAGUAUUUUACUUCUGAUAAUUAUCCAAAUAACUACUCGAGUAACGAAGCGGCCUACUGGCUCAUCUACAAUCCUUCCGGUGCCGGGGUAAUCAAGGUACAGGUAGAGGACUCCCGAAUAGAGGCUAGUUACCCGUGUUCGUACGACAAAGUCACUCUGUACAAAGGUCCCUGCGAGUCAUAUCCAGAGCUGGGGACAUUUUGUGGCGAGGAAAAGCCACUGUAUUAUCAAGAUACCGGAAGUUAUGUUUUUGUGACCUUUGUGUCAGACGACAACUACAAUUACAAAGGGUUCCGGGUCUCCUACGUCAUCAUCGAUGAGAUCCCGUCAUCAAUCAGUACCUAUCUGAUUGUUGGAGCCAUUGUGGGAGGCGUCCUCGGGGCUAUAGCUUUAGUUGGUAUUAGCUUUGCUAUUUACAAGGGAGUUCAGAAAUACAAAGCAGGUAAAACAUACCGUGCGGCGUCUAAGGUGUCCAUUGAUAGUGAUGACGAGGAAAACAACGCUAAAAAGACUCCUCCCCGCAAACCAACCAAAGGAGGACAGAGACUGGACAGCCUCCUGGUACAAACAAAGUCGUGAUGGUCAACACCAGACAUAGCUGUAUAAACUAUAGUCAAUUAACUCACCAGAUAGCCUUUAGCAUGAGUUUGUUUUAAGAAGGACCUAACGUAAGUGUAGAUGUGUAUUUCUAUAACAACUGUAUACAUGUAGUGAAUGUGUAGUUAUGCUAUCCUAUUUAUGUUUGCGUUUAUUAUAGGUCUGUAUCUAAUAAGAUUUGACUCCCUUUGACUGAGUGUGACAAAUGCGUAGUUAGCGUAAAUUUGCUAAAAAUGUAGAUGUUAGCUGGACAACACUAUGUGUCUGCUCAGUGUUGAAAAUCAUUUAUUAAAGAAAAUUAGUGUAAAUUUGUAUUGAAUACGUAUUAUAUGAUUGUAUAGUGUAGAUUUCUACAGAGUGUCAUUUAAUCUAAUUACUCCAUUGCUAAUCAUACUUAGUGAUAUUGUUUAAGAAUCUAAAGUAGCAACAUAUAUGCAGAAUUUAUCCAUAGACGGAUGGUAUUACAGUCAUAUCUUUGUAUACCGGUAGAUGUUAGUAACUUUGUUAUCUGGUUAUAUGUCUUAAUUUGACAAUGGUUGUCUCCCUUUAUGUGUUUAUAUCCUGUCUACUGCGCUAGUGUAAUGAACAUUACUGUUCCAUCGCUAUACAAUUAGACAAAAGAAUAAACUCUAGCAUUCCUUAAAUUAAUGAAUCUCUUAUUCGUAUUUUCCAUGGCAAAAUUUAAGCGAAUUUAAGGAAGUUUCCUGAAAUCAAAUGCUUUCAUUCUCUAAUGAUGCUUCCUGAUAAAAGAUAAAAAAUAUAGCAGGACUUAUCUAUCGAUCUAUCUUUAAUUGUAUAUAUAUUGUCGGUCAAAUUCGAUUAGUUUAAGUUCAUUAGCCAUUAUGUCAUCAUUUCAUUAAUUCAACCGUUGUUUUAUACAGAAAUGUGCCUCAUCGCUAUUGUGUGGCGAAUAAAACAAUAAAUAUGGUCUUUAUUCUUGUUUAAUAAAAUAUGAAAAUACGUA